GUACUUUGUUUUGUUUGCUGACAAUUGUUUGUGUUUUUAUGCAUUAUUUUGAAUUUUAUAGUUAUGUUAUAAAACCUUUUUAUUGAAUGUACCAUUCUUAAAGUUUUGUUAUUAAAUUGUAUGACAGGUUCUAACCAGAAUUGAUAUUGAUGAAAGUGAUGAUUCUACUUCUGAUGCAAGUGAUGAUGAAUUCGCAGAAUUUCUCUUUAAUAGUAUGAUUUAUAAUUAUCAUCAGAAAUACUUUAACAAAGCAAAGGUGUUGACAUCUUCGUUGACUGGUCGUGAGUUUGUUGCUGAAGUAUUAAAUGGAUCUGGAACAAGUUAUUUUGAUUUAUUUCGAAUGAAGAAAGAAUGUUUUAUUAAUUUCUGUAAUGAAUUGAGGGAGAAGAACUACUUAUGUGACUCAAGAGAUGUGCUUGUUGAAGAGAAGGUUGCUACAUUUUUAUUCAUAAUUGGUCAUAAUGUUCGUCAUAGAGUUGCUUCAAUCCGCUUUCAACAUUCCACUGAAACAAUAUCACGCAAUUUUAAGGAGGUAUUAAGGGCAGUUUGUCGAUUUGGAAAGGAACUAAUAAAGCAAGAGUCCAAAGAGUUUCCUGAAAGAAUUAAAAAUAAUUCAAAAUACUAUCCUUGGUUUAAGGCAACAAACACACAAAAUGUCAUGUGUGCUUGUGAUUUUAACAUGAUGUUUACGUAUGUAUAUUCGGGAUGGGAAGGAAGUGCACAUGAUUCAAAGAUUCUUUUGGAUGAAAUUACAAAUCAAAAUGCUGAAUUUCCUUGGCCACCUAGAGGUUCCUUUUAUCUCGUUGAUUCUGGGUAUCCAUGUAUUGGAGGUUUUCUUCCCCCUUAUAGGGGUGAAAGGUAUCACGCACAAGAAUAUAGAGGUCAAGGUAGACAACCCAGAAGUCCGGAAGAGUUAUUUAACUAUAGACACUCGUCUCUAAGGAUGACAAUUGAGCGUUGUUUUGGGGUGCUGAAAAAUAGAUUUUCUAUUUUAAAGUUGAUGCCUCAUUAUAAGCCUUCUAGGCAACGACUCAUAGUUAUUGCGUGUUGUGCUAUUCACAAUUACAUACGCAAAUGGAAUUUACCGGACGAGUUGUUUAGGAUAUGGGAAGAAAUGGAUCCUAUCGAACUUGAGGGAAUACAAGAAGGUCCUAUCAUAGAAGGAACAAGUUCCAAUGUCGACAACUUAACAAGGUUAUCUAAUGAAGGUGCAGCUGAAAUGACAAUGAAGAGAAAUCAUAUUAGAGAUGAGAUGUGGGUACACCGUAGCAAUUAA